CUAAGUUUUUGAGGCCUUUCUAUGAUGUCACUACUUUUUUUUUCAGGGAGUCAAUAUCCUACUGCCAAUGUGUAUUUUCAUAAAGUUUGUAAAAUUCAUAUGAUGAUAAGAGAAGCGAUAGAUAGUGAGGAUCUUAAUAUCAAGGAAAUGGCUAUAGAAAUGGAUAAAAAGUUCAAAAAAUAUUGGCAGGAAGAGUACAAUCCGAUUGCUACAAUGGCAGUAGUCCUUGAUCCUCGGUAUAGGUUAAGUCUCGUGGAUUUUUGCUUCUCUAAACUUGAUCUAUCUACUUCCAAUGAAAAGGUAAAGGCUGUUGAAGAUAAUAUGCAAAAAUUAUUUAAGGAGUACUUGAAACCUUCAAUUUCUGAUGUUGAUACGGUAAGAAGUAGUAGUAGUGGAUGUGAUGUUGAAAUGGCAGAUGAAAUGGAGGAGUACGAUAAUUUUGUAAGUCCAUCUCAACCUGGUUCAAAAAAGUCACAACUAAGUUUGUACUUGGAAGAGCCUGUGUUGGUUUGCAAAGGAAAUGAAAAUUUAGAUGUGCUUAAAUUUUGGAAGGAUAAUAGGAUUAAAUAUCCGGAACUCUCAUUGAUGGCACGUGAUUUGUUAAGUAUUCCUAUCACCAGUGUUUCAUCCGAGUCCUCUUUCAGUGUUGGAGGUCGUGUUAUUGGAAAAUUUCAAACCUCUAUUUUACCCGAUAAUGCAGAAGCUAAGUUGUGUUCGCGAGAUUGGCUUUUUGGUCAUCAAGCUUCUGAUGACUCUGAAGAGGGAGAUGACAUUGCAAUAGACAUGGGGAAAUUUGCUGCUAUACCUUCCAGCUAGCUGAUGUUUUUCUCAGUUUUCUUGACAGCGGAAGAAGAAUGAUGCUUCCACUGCGUGUCAAGUUUGAAUGUUACUAUGAUGUAGUAGUUUCUAUUUGAUCUGAGAGUAUUUUAUAAAAUCCUACAGUAAGUUGCUGUAAAUUGAAGGAAAAGUUUAGUAAAUUUUCAUCAGAAUUUUGAUUUUAUUGAGGCAUUAGAGAAAUUUGGUUGGAGUGAGCUGAAUGAAAUUUAUUUUCAUAUGAUUUCUGCACUAUAGGUCAUUACAUUUAGCUAAGAAUUAGUGUUGUAUGUGCAUUUGAACUUCAAUGUGUAAUUUUUUAAAUUUCAAGUAUGGAUAAGUAUUAAUUUUUUUAUCGGUAUGAUUUAUUUUAAGAUGAAUUCUGCACUUCCCUUUUGGUUUCCUAAGUAUCUAGGUUUAGCUAAGAGUUGGUGUUGUAGGUGCAUAUUUUCAACUUCAAUCUGUUUUUUUUUUUUUUUUUUUUUUU